AAAAAAAAAAUUAUGCCAUUUAAAUCCACUCCACGAGAUCUAACAUAAUCCCACAUCAAUUUCACCUAUUUCAAACUAAAACUCCUAAAUCAAGUUGAAAUCCCAUACGAACCCUAACAACAAAAUCAAAAAUUAAAUCUCAAAUUGGAGAAACCAAAGUCCCUAGGGUUAGGGAUUUGAUUCCUCGGCCUCUCCCUUACAUGCUGGUAACCAGAGUGAUGAUUAAAGAUGAAGAGUGAUACUUACCUGCCGGAGAGAAGAGUAUUUCGAGCUCAGAGCAACUCGCAGAGGUAGCAAGAGAUAAUUGCAGGUUGCCAGAUGAAUGAAGUUUUCUAUGGAUCAAAAUGAUGACUUACUAGUGCAGGCCUGGCUUGGUUCAAACCUGCAGACUAUUAACUGCAACUUUUGGAAUGCAAAGGCUGUUAUGAAAUAGCCUAUGAUGUUAAUUUCUAUUGUCAAUUGGCUGCAAUAUUAUCUUGUGCAAAUGAUUUCAUGUUACCAUCUGUUGGCAUAAUUCUGCCAAGUGAAUGUAUUGUUGAAUGUUCACUUGAAACUUGCAAGGUCUAUGCAUUGAUAUAUUUUCUGCAUUCAACAAUAAUAAUUCAUAACGUGAUAUGGUUUCAGCUCAGUGCAGCUUGGGGUAUAGGCUUAGUAAUUGGACCAGCAUUGGGAGGUUAUUUGGCUCAGCCAGCAGUGAAAUACCCUCAUCUAUUUCCAAAAGACUCAUUUUGGGAUAAGUUUCCAUAUUUCUUGCCUUCCUUGUCAGUAUCAGCUUUUGCAUUUGUGGUAGCAAUUGCAUGCAUCUGGCUUCCGGAAACACUUCACAACCACCCUCUAAGCAAUGAGUCUAUUGAUGAUGCUGAAGCUUUAGAAACUGGAAACAUAAGUAAUGACGACGACAAAAUAAUCCAAAAAGAUGAAAACCUCUUCCUGAACUGGCCAUUAAUGUCAUCUAUUAUUGUGUACAGCAUUUUCUCACUUUAUAAUGUUGCUUAUCAAGAGGGAUUAACAUGGUUGUUAGUUGGUUUAACAUUAAGUCUUAAGUUUAAACAAAUUCCAAGAGCAUGGUUAAGGUUUUUUUCUAUUCUAAUCUUCUUAGUUUCUGCUAUAAACUGUGCUUUAUCCUUGUUUUAUGUAAUCGUUAGUAUGCACUUGUCCUUCAAAGUAGGAGUGGAUGUUCUAUCUUUUCCUGGGGCAAUUUUAUUGCUAUUAUGCACAUAUAGGGAAUCUAAGUGUAGCGACACUGACAGAGAAAUCAAUGGAAGCCUUUACGCUCCUUUAAAUGGUGAGUCGAAUAAAGACGAUUCCGUUAGCCGCGUGACACUAUUUGCGAAAGCUGGAUUCUUCAGUAGGAUUUCAUUUUGGUGGCUGAAUUCUUUGAUGAAAAGUGGUAAAGAGAAAACACUUCAGGACGAAGAUGUGCCGAUGUUGAGGGAGGAAGAUAGAGCAGAAAGUUGUUAUUCGAUGUUUCUAGAGCAAUUAAACAAGCAAAAUCAGAAGGAUCCAUCCUCACAACCAUCUGUUUUGAAGACAAUGGUUUUAUGUCAUUCGAGAGAAAUUUUGAUCUCUGGAUUCUUUGCAUUGCUUAAGAUUGAUGUUUAUGGGAAGUUUGCGUAUGUGUCUCAAACAACAUGGAUACAGACAGGUUCAAUAAGGGAUAACAUAUUGUUUGGAUCACCUAUGGAUGCUCAAAAAUAUCAGAAAACACUUCAGAGGUCGUCACUAGAGAAAGACCUUGAGUUGCUUCCCCAUGGUGAUCUCACUGAAAUAGGAGAGAGAGGGGUUAACUUGAGUGGUGGUCAGAAGCAGCGAAUUCAACUUGCUCGCGCUCUUUAUCAGGAUGCUGAUAUAUAUCUCUUGGACGAUCCAUUCAGUGCUGUUGAUGCACAUACUGCCACAAAUUUGUUUAAUGAAUACAUUAUGGAAGGACUUGCUGAGAAGACGGUCUUGCUUGUAACUCAUCAAGUUGACUUUCUUCCAGCAUUUGAUUUUGUUUUGUUGAUGUCAGAUGGAGAAAUCCUACAGGCUGCUACUUAUCAUGAUUUGUUAACAUCAUGCAAAGAUUUUCAGGAUCUUGUGAAUGCUCACAGAGAAACUGCUGGUUCUGAGGGGCUUAUGGAUGUUACUUCUUCUGAAAGACAUUCAAGUUCUGCUAAAGAGAUAAGAAAAAUACACGUGGAGAAGGAAAAGGAGUUCGAAGCACCAAAAGGCGAUCAAUUGAUUAAGCAAGAAGAGAGAGAGAUAGGAGACCAUGGCCUUAAGCCAUACUUACAGUAUUUGAAUCAGAACAAAGGAUACGCAUACUUCUUGAUCGCUUCUCUAUUUCACCUUAUAUUUGUGAUUGGUCAGAUAUUGCAAAACUCGUGGAUGGCUGCUAAUGUUGACAAUCCUAAAGUCAGCACUCUGAGAUUGAUUCUAGUUUACUUGUUGAUUGGAGUUACUUCAACAGUGUUCUUAUUCAUGAGAAGUCUUCUUACAGUUGCUCUGGGUCUUCAGUCUUCGAAGUCUUUGUUUUUACAACUACUAAACUCCCUUUUUCGUGCACCUAUGCUGUUUUAUGAUUCGACGCCUUUGGGACGUAUACUCAGUAGGGUCUCUUCUGAUCUUAGCAUUGUUGAUCUUGAUGUUCCAUUUGGCCUUCUUUUUGCUGUGGCAGCUACUACGACUUGUUAUGCAAGUCUAACUGUUUUAGCAGUAGUUACUUGGCAAGUCUUGUUUGUCUCCAUACCGAUGAUUUAUUUUGCACCGCGCUUGCAAAGAUACUACUUUGCUACAGCAAAAGAACUGAUGCGGAUGAAUGGCACAACAAAAUCCUUUAUAGCUAAUCAUCUUGCAGAAUCAGUUGCUGGUGCUGUGACAAUAAGGGCUUUUGAAGAAGAAGAUCGUUUUUUCGUGAUAGAGCUCAAUAUUUGUUCAUAAAUUUGUGUAAUUAAUGUGUACAUUUGUAGUAUAUGUAAUGACUUGUAAAUGUGUACAUAAAUUUGUAUAUAUUUUGAUACAUUUAAGGCAAAAUUGGUUUGAAUUGGUAUAUA